CGCAGGAUUUGUUACGCACCUGCUAUCGCUUCGGGAAAAUGCCGGUGCUAGAGGAUGACUGAUGGCAGAAAUAUAGCCUAGUGCAGUGGGCCAAGGACUAGGCUAACCUAUGAACCUGUCCUUGCGCAGCCUACCUUGACAGUGGAUAACGGACUUACCUGUCUCAACGAAUAUUUCUGUCGACUUAAAUAGUUUCUACCAUGAGGAAGGUUUUUUUUAAACGAGCGAAGUGCUUUCCCUGGAUUGCGAAUGUCACUUUAUAUGGAUGUUUAUUCGCUGGUGGGGAUUUCGUACACCAGUGUAUUGCACACAGAGAUGAAAUAGACUGGAAACAUACAAGAAAUGUCGCAAUUGUAGCUUUCAGUUUCCAUGGUAACUUCAAUUACUUCUGGUUGCGUGCGCUGGAGCAUCGAUUCCCGGGAAAGUCUGCUGGCAUGAUUCUUCGCAAACUGCUCCUGGACCAAAGUUUUGCAUCACCACUUGCAACGAGUGUGUUCUACACUGGGGUAAGCUUCUUAGAGGGCAAAGAUGACAUUUUCGAGGACUGGAGGGAGAAAUUCUUCAAUACGUAUAAGACUGGACUGAUGUAUUGGCCAUUCAUGCAGUUCCUGAACUUUGUGUUGAUGCCGCUGUACCUGCGCACUGCAUUCAUGGGAUGUUCUGCUUUUGCCUGGGCCACCUUCCUCUGCUUCUCACAACAGAGCGGCGACGGCACGGCAACCGUUGCCUUGGCAUUUCUCAUGUCUCCCAAAAAGAGACUUCGGGCCCAGGCACGCAAGUCAGAUGAGGAGGAGUGAUCUAUCCCCCAAGGCACAUCAAGAAACACUUCAGCUUGUGCCUUCACUCAAAGACUCUGAUCUGAUCUGAUCUGAUGUACCUUUUGUCAGUAUUGUCCCCUAACUAAGGGUCACCAGUCAUUCACCUGUCAAACAUUAUUUUGUAUUCACUGUUAUUUUUUGAAUGCCAUUAGUCAUUAAUCAUUGUACCUGUUGAAACUGUCUACACGGCAUUUAUGAAGUAAAGUUUAUCAAUAUUCCAAUGUUUCCAUGUUCCAAAUACUUGAAAUGUACCUGUACCCAAAUGCAACGUGUUGCCAUUGACCCAAAUACCUUACCCACAUGAAAGAAGCUUGUGAACAGUCUGCAGUGUUUUAUCCACCAUUUUUCUCUCCCUAUGAAAAUCAUUAUCUUUGUUGGGGCAUUAUACUAUUCAGCUCUUUAUUGUAGCACAUACUUUGUGGUGUUUUGUGAUAUUUGUUGAUCUAAUGAAACAGCAGUUUAUGUGACCACAACACCUGCUUUUUUACCUCACUAACCAGACCAGCAGAACUUCCUUACUUUACGCACAGAGGCCUGAGUCCUCAGUUAUUUUAUCAGUGUUCCAAUGGAAUGUAUUUCUGGAUUAAAAGUGAAUGACCUCUGUUUAGGCUAUACAGUACGGAAUCUGGAUGCUCCUACACCUCUUUCACCAAGAUGCAGAGUGUAGACCACAGCUUUUGUGAUGGCGGUCAAGUGUGGCUGGCAAUGAAGGUCAACUUAAGGUCUUCAGAUGGUGCUGAGUAUUUGAAUAAUCAUUAGCAUUUUACCUUUGAUUAUGUGUUAUAUCUAUUGUGUGAUUAGAUUAGUAUAGAAUUAUGAGGGUCAGAAAACAGAAAUUGUAUAUGAUCUUACAGUAAGGACACUAGAUGGCACAGAUAGCAAACCAGCUUACCAUUCACUCCGAUCAUUCCUGUGGAUUACCUGAAUGACACGUUGGCUUAUCUCGGAUGGGCCAAAUUGUCUGGUGUGCUUUGGCUGUUCUCCACAGCUGACAUUUGACUGAGGGGAAAAAACCAUAAGCUUUUUUCAAAUUUUGAUGCAGUUCCUUUUGUUUGUUGUUGCAAAACAACUACUGCAGAAGCAGUGCAAAUGCAUAGAUGCAACAAUUUGCCUUUUUGUUUUCCAAAUUGUUUUUGUGGAUUGAUAUGUAGUGGUCAUGGACCAGAAGAAUAGAAUGAAACAUCAGUUGUCUUUGCUGUGUUAUAGAAAUGU